CGCAAUCGCAGGAGACGAGAGAAAGCAGGAGAAGACCAUUGGCUGAGACCCUGGACACAUCUCACAUUAUUUAUUGUAUCAGUGUCGCUUUGGUGGGCUGGCAUGGACUGUACACGAGGCUGACGGGCUUUUUGGGUGGGUUUUUUUGGUCCAGUUAUGAUUGGUGUUAUUAGAUUGUAUUAGAUUUGGUGUAUUAUCUUUGGAGGUCUUACAUGUGCACUGGCGCCUCUUUAUAUUCGGGUCGAGACGCUUGGAUGCUUUUCUGAGCCCUUACCCAUUGACCGAGGCGCAUCCUCACAAGACUACAGCUCACAGCAGUGACAUCCAUCCUCGGGAAUAGCUCUUGCGCUGACUCUGAAGUGAACCGGGGGAUCAGGAUGGGACACAGCGGCGGGACGCUGGGCUUCACGGUAACGCUGCUUUGCGCCGCCGCGGUCUUUCUCUCGGCGGAGAGCCGCAGGGGGAAUAAGCAGUCCCGGUGCCCUGUGGGAUGCACAUGCACCAAAGAUAACGCCUUGUGUGAAAACAUCAGGACCGUUCCGCACACCUUCCCUCCGGACGUCGUCUCCUUAUCGUUCGUGAAGUCUGGAUUCAGUGAAAUUGCCCCAGGAAGCUUCCUGCACACGCCGUCUCUUCAGCUUCUCUUGUUUACAGCCAAUACAUUUGACUCUAUCAAUGAAGAUGCAUUUCAGGGUCUGCCUCAUCUGGAGUAUCUGUUUAUUGAAAACAAUAAAAUCGAGUCCAUGUCACCUUUGGCCUUUAGAGGUUUGAAAUCUCUCCUUCAUCUGAGCCUUGCCUAUAAUAACCUUGAGACGUUACCCAAAGAUGUUUUCAAGGGGAUGGAUGCCUUAACAAAAGUGGAUCUUCGAGGAAACAUGUUUGUCUGUGACUGUAAACUGAAAUGGCUAGUGGAGUGGAUGCACAACACCAACGCGACAGUGGACCAGAUACACUGCAGCGGGCCGCCGCUUUAUCAAGGGAAGAAGAUCAAUGAGCUGAUGCCUCAGGCGUUUGACUGUAUCACUGCGGAGUUCGUUUCCAAGAAGACCCUGAAAUUUGAGUCGAUCUCAGUAGAGACCUUCAGCAUUGGGAACGAUCAGUACGUGGUGUUUGCCCAGCCUUUCGCGGGAACGUGCAGCUUCUUGGAAUGGGACCAUGUCAACAUGGAGUUCAGACCUUUCGACAGUAUAGAAAGCACCUCCACCGUGGUCUGUAAGCCGAUGGUGAUCGACCAGCAGCUUUUCGUUAUCGUUGCCCAACUCUUCGGCGGCUCGCACAUUUACAAACGGGACACGUCAGCCCAGAAGUUCAUCAAGAUCCAAGACAUCGAUAUCCUGAAGAUCCGCAAGCCGAAUGACGUCGAGACCUUCCGCUUGGACGGCGAGUGGUUCUUCGCCAUCGCCGACAGCUCCAAAGCGGGAUCCACCACGGUGUACAAGUGGAACGGCAACGGAUUCUACUCGCACCAGUCUCUCCACCUGUGGCACCGCGACACGGAUGUGGAGUACUUAGAGAUCGGAGGCAAGCCCCAUCUGAUCCUGUCUAGCAGCUCACAGCGGCCCGUUAUCUAUCAGUGGAACCGGGGCCCGAAGAGGUUCGAGCGGCGGACAGACAUCCCCGAGACGGAGGACGUAUAUGCCGUCAAGCACUUCCGAGCCAGGGGCGAGCUUUAUAUCUGCCUGACACGCUUCAUUGGCGACUCCAAGGUGAUGCGAUGGGAUGGUGCCAUGUUCACCGAGGUGCAGAGUGUGCCAUCACGCGGCUCCAUGGUCUUCCAGCCUGUGACAGUCGGAAGCUGGCAGUACGCCAUCCUUGGCAGCGACUACUCGCUCACGCAGGUCUAUCAGUGGGACACCAAGAAGGGCCGCUUUGUCCACUUCCAGGAGCUGAACGUCCAAGCACCAAGGGCUUUCUCCAUGGUAUCCAUUGACAACCAUGAGCUCCUGCUCGCCUCCAGUUUCAAAGGGAGGACACAGAUCUACGAGCACCUCAUCAUCGAUCUGAGUAAUUGAGGCUUUUUGCUGAAAGUGCAGCGGGACAGACUGACCGAGACGAGCUUGCUGUCCGACACUCGCUCACGCGUGUUAUCUAGAUGACUGAUGAUGCUUCCAGAUGACUCCCUCUCUAGAAGUCCUUUGUGUCUUUCACCAUUGUUAUCAUCAUCUAGUCUGUUCAGUUUUUUUACUCUUUUUAACCCCUUCUCCUCUUAACAAAAGCUGUUGUUCAUGUAUUAUCUUCCUGCUAACAAAAGCUAGCGGGACGUUUCAGAGGUACAAUAAACACAAACCUGAAAAUUUAAGGGAAUAACCCGUUGUGAUAGGCUGGCCGGUAAAUUGUUGACAGAUUUUUUUACUGUAGUUUUGAGCAGUUUGUAACUUUUAUACAACAAAAAAAUGGUUCAUCUGGCUAAUGUUUUCUUUUUUUUCUACGCUAAUUAGAGUAGAUUGAAUGGACAAUUUAGGCUAAUUUAAGCAUAAUGCAGUGAAUUUAGAUGUUUUGUGUGGUGAUGUAAUUUUAGAAAGAAGGUUUAGUCUUGUAUGUGUUUCUUCUUUGUCAUUACUGUGUAGAAAUAAUAAACCACUUUUAAUAUAAA